ACAUGCUUGGAAGUACUUGGUAGUGUUGAUCACCUGUACCCCAGCACAACAGCUCCAGCUUAAUCCUUUUCUAACACAUCUCUCAGAACAUGGGGGAAAACGAUGAUGAAAAAUACAGUCAAGCUGGCCAGAUAUUUGAAAACUUUGUACAAGCAUCAACGUGCAAAGGUACUAUUCAGGCCUUUAAUAUUCUCACUCGCCAACUUGAAUUAGAUCCUUUGGAUAAUAGAAACUUUUACACCAAACUGAAAUCAAGAGUGACCACAUGGAAGGCCAAAGCUUUGUGGAACAAGCUGGAUAAAAGAGCAAGUCACAAAGAGUAUAAACGUGGAAAAUCUUGUAUGAACACUAAGUGUUUAAUUAUUGGAGGUGGCCCAUGUGGCUUGCGGACUGCCAUAGAACUUGCUUUCCUGGGAGCCAAAGUUGUCAUCGUGGAGAAGCGGGACACUUUUUCAAGAAACAAUGUGUUGCAUCUCUGGCCAUUUACAAUUCACGACCUCCGGGGACUGGGAGCAAAGAAAUUUUAUGGGAAAUUCUGUGCGGGAUCUAUUGAUCACAUCAGUAUUCGACAACUUCAACUUAUCCUCUUCAAAGUUGCACUUAUACUAGGAGUUGAAAUCCAUGUGAAUCUAGAAUUCAUGAAAGUCCUGGAACCUCCUGAAGAUCAGGAAAACCAAAAGACAGGUUGGAGGGCUGAAUUUCUCCCCGUGGAUCACCCUUUGUCAGAGUAUGAAUUUGAUGUUAUUAUUGGUGCAGAUGGCCGCAGGAACACAUUAGAAGGUUUCAGGAGGAAGGAGUUUCGUGGAAAGCUGGCUAUAGCUAUCACUGCCAAUUUUAUAAACAGAAAUACAACUGCAGAAGCCAAGGUAGAAGAAAUUAGUGGUGUUGCUUUCAUCUUCAACCAGAAGUUCUUCCAGGACCUUAAAGAGGAAACGGGAAUUGACCUGGAGAAUAUUGUUUACUAUAAAGAUAGCACUCAUUAUUUUGUGAUGACAGCAAAAAAGCAGAGUCUUCUGGACAAAGGAGUGAUUAUAAACGACUACAUUGAUACUGAGUUGCUCCUCUGUGGGGAAAAUGUGAACCAGAGCAAUUUGCUGUCCUACGCCAGAGAAGCUGCUGACUUCGCAACCAACUACCAGCUGCCUUCCUUGGAUUUUGCAAUUAAUCACUAUGGGCAACCAGAUGUAGCAAUGUUUGAUUUUACUUCCAUGUAUGCAUCUGAAAAUGCUGCACUAGUGAGAGAGAGGCACAGACAUCAGCUCCUGGUGGCGCUUGUUGGAGAUAGUUUGCUUGAGCCCUUCUGGCCAAUGGGUACUGGCUGUGCAAGAGGCUUCUUAGCUGCUUUUGAUACUGCAUGGAUGGUGCGGAGCUGGGCUCAAGGAAAACCUCCAUUAGAAAUCCUUGCUGAACGAGAGAGCAUUUAUCGACUCUUGCCUCAGACUACCCCUGAAAAUAUUAACAAGAACUUUGACCAGUAUACCAUUGACCCGGGAACAAGAUACCCAAACUUGAACUCAAGCUGUGUUCGACCUCACCAGGUGAGACAAUUAUAUGUUACCAAUGAGUUACAACAAUGUCCUCUUGAAAGAGUAAGCUCCAUUAGAAGAUCAGUGAAUCUCUCAAGACAUGAGUCAGAUAUUCGACCUAACAAGCUUUUGACCUGGUGUCAGAAACAGACGGAAGGGUACCGUAAUGUUAAUGUCACAGACCUGACUACCUCCUGGAAAAGUGGCCUUGCGUUGUGUGCAAUUAUCCAUCGCUUCAGACCUGACCUCAUUGACUUCGAUGCUCUGAAUGAAGAGGACAUCGUCAAAAACAACCAGCUGGCAUUCGACGUUGCUGAGCAGGAGUUUGGGAUCCCCCCUGUGACCACGGGGAAGGAGGUUGGGUCGGCCAGGGAGCCUGACAAGCUCAGCAUGGUCAUGUACCUCUCCAAGUUUUACGAACUGUUCAGGGGCACACCUCUGCGGGCAGUAGAUGCUGGUGACAAGCAAAAUGGAGUAAAUAAUGAUCUUUGUUCAGCAAAAUCAUCGAACUUCAUCUUUAAUAAUUACAUCAAUUUAACUUUACCAAGAAAACGAGUACCAAAGGUUGAAGGGAAAACAGAAGAAAAUGAGACUAACAAAAGACGUCGAAAAGGUCUUUUUGGUGUCUUCGAGGAGGCUGCAGGCUUUUCAAGCCAAGGGACAAAUGCUGGCAAAGAACAGAGUGAUGGCAGAGAAGGAAUGAACCAGAAUAAAGUUAAAUCAAUGGCAACUCAACUGUUGGCAAAGUUUGAAGAGAAUGCUCCAAAUACAAUUUUGAGGAGGCAGGGAUCUCUGCGAAAAGAAUUUCCUCAGUCUAUUGGGGGGAGCGACAUUUGUUAUUUCUGCAAAAAACGGGUAUAUGUUAUGGAGCGGCUGAGUGCAGAAGGCCACUUCUUUCAUAGGGAGUGCUUCAAGUGUGAAAUAUGUUCUACAACACUCCGUUUAGGAAUUUAUGCCUUUGAUGUUGAAGAAGGUAAAUUUUACUGUAAACCUCAUUUUACACACUGCAAAAUCAGUACUAAACACAGAAAGAGAAGAGCAACAUUACAGAUCCAGGGAAAGGAGACUACAGAAGCAUGGAAGAAAGAGGAACCCAAACUUACAGAGACCACCACUGAAAGCACUUUGUCUACUGCUAGCAGUCCAGAGGACAGGUCCCCAGGUAUCCUGACUUCCUUCUUUAGGGGCACGCUAAGCUGGCCCCUUCGGGUGACAAGGGAUCUGCUUGACAUUCCCAGACGCCUGUCUAACUGGAUGCAUGGUUUUCUGCACGCUACCAAUCUUCAUUUCAGGGACAAUGCAUAUAACUAUACCUACUUGUACGAACUCUUGAGCCUUGGUGUGCCAUUCCUCUGUGCCCUUCUAGAGGUACUUACUCAUAUGUACCGGGAAGCAGAGCUAUCACUUGAAAAUGUGCUUGAAUGGGUGAAAAAAUUCUAUAGGGUUUAAAUUCUUCUACGUGUCUUGCUCAAUUGUGCCUUUCAGAUUUUCAAAAUUAACAGCCUCGCUAUUUUCUUGAGGGGUUUUUUUUGGCAGGUGUUUUUUUGGUUUUUUUUUUUACUUUUCAUGCAAUUUAAUGUGUGACUUAAAUGAACAGUGGAUUCUUUCUGAUAUAAAUGAGGUGCAAUCAAAAUUUUCAAUAUAAAGUGUACUGUAUGUUAGAGCAUGAAGGGCAGUGUCCAGACACAUUUCCAGAAUACGAGGAUGGAUGAAGGAUAUUUUGUAGAUCCCCCUCCUCCCUGCCCUCCAUUUUAUCCUGUGAUCAAACUGUUGGGGGGAUGAUACGUUUUUAAAACCGUUUGUGGUUUUUUGAGUUUUGGUUGAUUUUUUUGUUAGACCAAGAAAGAAUGUGUAUUCUUUCAGAUAUUUGGGGAAUAUUUAUGACAAAUGACUGGGUUUUGAAACCUGAAUAUGGCGCAUACCUUUUUUUUUUUUUUUUUUCCUUGCUUUCAUCUUUGCUCUGGGUUAUGAGAUUUAUAACUUGCAUGAAUAUGUUAAAAAAAAAAAAAAUCAUGUACUUAAUUCACAUUGCUUCUAGUCAUGCCUUUUACAUUCCUUACAUGUGAUGGAUACCCUUUGUUGAUAGUGGGUACAAUCUGUACUACUAAUUUAUUUAAAGUUUUGAAAUAAAUUUGAAGAGCAAAUCUUAGUUGAGUGAAGGCUUGAUUGAAACCGUAAGUCAAAGGAACUGGUAGUGUAAUUAGACCUGACUUAUUCCUCAAGUAAAGGCUUCCUCAUUAGGUGGCUGAUUCAAGGAAUAUCAAUUACGGAGCACUCAUCUGUAACUGAAAUCACUGCUGUUGUGCCUCUGGGUGGGCACUGUUCCUGUUGUCUUUUACAAUUUUUAAAAAAAUAUAUGCUUAGAACAAACAACAAAAACCUACAGAUGUAUUCUAAGGAGAUUACUUCUUAAUUGGGUAUUUUAUUAAUUUCAAUGUAUAAAACUGAUGGCAGAAAGGUGAAAUUCUAUAAUCUGGAGCAGCCAUUAAGUAAAUUUCUUUCACAUGUCUCUCAACAAGGUCUGCCUUAAUCAGAAGGUGUCAGGACAGGUUAAGUAAGCUAUUUAACGGCAAGGAGACAUCAACAUCCCAAAUUCUGAUUUACGUUCAGCCUUGCUAGCCAGUGAGGUAAGCAUGCUCCCUGCCUCUCAAAUACUUAAAUGUUUAAAUUAAAAGGUUAGCCAGAAAAUAGGUAAAUACAUAAGCAUAGUAAUAUGUACAGCCUAAAAUUAAAAGCAUCUAUAGCAUUUAUUUCUAGCCAAAAGAAUGUGGCUUAAAUAAUAGGAAAUAAUGUCGCAUUCAGUUAGUACCAAAGUUGAAGAUCACCUUCCAGUGGUCUUAAAUGACUGUGUUGCUUAUGGGCUGGCAGGUUUUUUUAAUUUUUUAACAUAAUGUUGGAAAAGAUUAUUUGAAUUGUUUUGUUUCUUAGGUAUUAAAAGGAAAUGUGUCUUCUGUUUAAAAUAAAUGACAAACUGGAUUUUUCUUCUAGAUAGUUCGACUUCCUUUAAACUACAAGAAUAAAACUUUUCACAUUUUAGAGUGCUUAUGUAUUUGGGGAAAAAUUCUUAAGGAUAUGCACAAAACUUGAAAAAGUGCUUGAAGAAAAUUGUUUAGGUAUAAGGUAGCAUUAAUUUUAAAUAAAUUGCCAUUGAUGUUCAAAUAUGUAUUCAGCAAAAUUUUGCUAGAAUAUUGACUGGACACAGUGACAAUUAUAGUAACAUGGUGAGCAUCUGUAUAUAUGUGAAGAAAUGUAUCUGUACCUCUUUGAUAGCAUUUGAAAAAAAAACCCUCCUUUGGAAUGCUGUAUACUUUUAAAUUAUUUGCUAAUGAUAGUAAUUAUUAUACCCAAAAAGGAGAAAAUCUGCAGUGUGAUUUAUCAUGUUACUCCUGCAACACAGCCAACUGCUAAGUGGUAAAAUUUUAAAAUUUGGCUUGCCAUCAGUUUUGAUUUCAGUUUGUCAAUGUUUUUUCCUGACAUUUUCUCCUGCUGUUUACUACAGGAAAUUUUCUGCUUUUCAGCAGAAUGCACAUAAUGGUAAACUUACAGAAAAUGGUGAUAUAGUAAGAAACUUGGAAAUCUCUGAUAUCCAAUUAAUUUAAGGCAAAUGAAUCUUACUAGUAGAAAGCUUAAAAAUAAAAUAAAAGUAUAAAAUAAAACUAUGGUAUUGGCUUUAUAUAUAUUUAUAUAAUGUGGAAUAAAAUCCCUACAUUCCCACAACAGCAUUCAGGAACUUGCAUAGUGAAAGCAUUUUCCUGAGGAAUCUUAAUUACACUACAUGUUCCGCUGGGAGUUUGCAGGUGAUUCUGUUGGGAAUGUUUUUUAUUGGUAUCAAUCUAAUUGGUAGUUGGUUUUUUUGGUUUUUUUGGGUUUUUUUUUAAUCUUAAUAUUCUGCUAGUAAGAUUUGUACCUAUUUGUACUUCUUCAUGAUUUAAUGAAAAAAGGUGGUUGCAUUUUGGCCAGUUCUUCUUUGUGCCUACAUAAUGUUUCUGAUGCUUUCCUAUAUAAUCAAGUUAAGUUCUGUGUCUUUUUUUUUUUUUUUCCUGCUGUCUUGUCUGUCAAUCUCCCUCCUUGCUUUUAGUCCAAUUCAUCAUUCCAGUGCUGCACCCGCUCACUGGCUGAAGCUUUUCUGCUCUCAGGUGAUUUUUUCAGCUUUCCAGUUCCAAAAUUGUGUGACUAACACUGUUGUUUGACAGCAUUUCAUUGCACGUUUUUUUUUUUUUAAGACUUUUUGAGCAAACUGUGUGUGUCUGGUAUAUUAAUGGAUGCAAGCUUUGGCAUGAUCAUUUAACCUGUUCCUGAGUUCAUGGUUCUAGAAAAGGUAACGUCUGCACUCUCUGUAGAGAAUAUUUUGCUCUCUGUGUCUAUGCAUGUACGCUUCAUUGUGCCUUUAAGGUAAGUUAGGCAAGUACAUCGUUUCUUGAAAGAACUAGUUAAAGCCUUCUUUCUUUCAAGUAAUGAAGGAAAGAUUUAAAAAAAAAGGUCAGGACAAAUUAGCCAGCUGAUUCUCCUGGUUAGCGUGAACACCUAUUUCCGUUGAGCUCAAAUAUGCAAUGAGCAAGCAACAUGUGAGCGCUGUGAUGCUUCCUGAGCGCUUCUUUGCUUUUGUACUGGAAAAGUACAAU